GAGAGGCUGCCUAUAGAUGAGUGGGCAGCUCGAAUUGUCAAGGAAGUUCGGCAAAAAGACACGGUGUUGAUUCAGGGUGAGACGGGGAGUGGGAAAAGCACGCGCGUUCCGCAAUACGUCUACCACUUCUGCAGAGAAGGUCAGCACAGAGGUCGUCAUGCUAGAGAAGAUCGUAGAAAGAUCGUGAUCACGCAGCCCCGGCGUUUAGCUUGCAUUACUUUGGCAAAGCGAGUAGCGGAAGAGAUGGGCUGUGCAGCUUCUGAUGAUGGUGAGCCUUCUGCUAAUGGAGAUUUGGUCGGUUACCGGAUAUCCGGAGAAGGUCGCUUUUCGCCGAACACCAGGCUGCUCUUUGUGACGACUGGUUUUUUACUGCAGUUACUGGUGAAUGAGCCGAUGAAAGUGCGCGCCUUCUCGCAUAUUAUCCUGGAUGAGAUCCACGAACGGUCAGUCGACGCAGACCUUCUGACGCUGAUUUUGAAGUUGCAGAGACAGCACAAAAUGGCGGAUUUCAAGCUGAUUUUGAUGUCCGCGACAAUGCAAGGAGGGCUUUUUGGAAACUACUUUUCAAAUUAUGACCAACCCAAUAUGAAAGCACUCGCUUCUAGUAGCUCAGCAAGUAGUCUGGCGAGUCAUGGCAAAGGCCUUUAUGGAGGAGGGAAGAAAGGCAAAAUGAAAGGCGCUUUUGCAGCUGCACAGCACUACAAUCAUCAGCAACAGGCGCUACAACAGCAACAGCAGCAGGCACUGCAGAAUAGCGAAAGCUCAAUACAGCCGAUUUUUGUGGGUGUAAAGCGGUUCAACGUGGACAUUUUGUACUUGGACGAUUUGUAUUCGAUGAACACCAAGAUCUCCGAUGCCGGUUACUCUGUGCAAGGGGCUGAUGUUCUUAGGAGUAAGACAGGCAACGUCCUAUCGUCUCAGUCGACGGAGGUUGUGGGGAAUGCGAUUGAUAGGUACAACAAACUCAUUAGCCGUGUGUUCCGAUAUGAAAAUUGAGAAACUUUGUGACUUUGACUAAGUAUCAUGGAAAAUAAACUCUCGAUCAUGGAAACAAAGAAACAUUCUGCAUUAUUCACUAUUGUUCAUCGUCGAAGCACGGCUUCUUCACACUGAAAAAUGGAAAGUCAAAUCACAACUCCAGGUUCCAAAAAGCCCUCGAGUCCGCAGCUCGAAAAACCGGUCAAGCCGCGGUCAUGAACUACGUUGCUGAGAAACAGGAAACUGCGGAUGAAGAAUUCGAGAGAAUGCGAGGUGCAGGUGCCGGCGUCAACAGCGGUGCAGGUCUAUUGGCUUCCACGGCAAGUAUGCCUCCUAGGAUACCCGACGGCUUCAAUGGGUUGAUAAAAGACUUGAUCCUGUGUUUGGGCGUCGCAGGAGAGUCAGUGAUUAUCUUCUUGCCUGGUAUUGGGGAGAUAACGGAUUUGUACGAUGCUUUGUCCCGGGAUUUGCCAACGGCAUCGGAAGAUGACGACGAUGGUCACCAUAGCAGUUACUCCAGCACAACUUCUACGAGGUACAAGAUCUUCGCCCUUCAUAGUUCCAUCCCAAUGGAGGAACAACAGGAUGCUUUUAAGGAUCCGCCUAGGGACAUUGUUCAUGUUUACCUCGCAUCUACCAUCGCCGAAUCGUCAUUGACUUUGCCAAAAGUGCGUGUAGUUCUGGAUCUAGGCCUCAAACGUGUUCUCGGUUACGAUCGACAGCGGGAGUCGGCUUCUCUAUUGACUUCGUGGAUCUCCCAUGCCUCAGCCGCGCAACGCUCCGGUCGUUGUGGCCGUGUUUUCGCGGGAGUCGCGAUCCGAUUAGUACCACGUACGUUUUACCAACAAGGAAUGCCGCCUUUCGACCGUGCAGAAAUCGAAUCCGCACCAUUGGAGAAAUUAUACCUACAGGUGAAGCAAUUAUCCACUCGAGUCAGGGAGAAGAUGCCGAGAAUAGGAGCGUUGCCGCCAAGAGGGUUGCUGCAUUUGACGGUGCAGCCACCGCCGACUGACAGAUUAGAGUCAGCGGUUCAAAAUCUCGCGGAUGCCGGUGCUCUGACUGGCACGUCUGAUUACGCAGAUAUCACGCUAUUAGGACAGUUAGCGAUUCAAUUACCCUUAGACUUGCGUCAAGUUCGCUUGAUUUUUUUCGGAGCUUGUUUCGGCUGUUUAGCCGAUUGCGUAGUGAUGGCAUGCGCGAUGGCGGCAAACGAUCCGUUUACACUCCCAAGUUCGUUUAUCAUCCGAGAUCGAGAUCAGUUUCAUGCGGCUUUGGUGCGGUCAUGGGAAACGAGACAGAAAUUCGAUAAGGGACAAAACAGUGAACCUCUGAUGUUGCGUAACCUGUUCUUAGCAUGGCUCAAAGGAUUACCGGAUACUAGUAGUGGUAGUAGUGCGGAGAUGAACAGCACUAAUACAAGCUUUGGUAUUAAUAGCGGUGCUGGUGGUUUUCGAAAGGGUGGCGGACCCACGUCCACUUCGAACAGACGUGGUGGCGCAUCCUCUGCGCAUCAGCGAUAUGCGUUUAUCCAGCAUUCGGCUGUUUUUGCUCGCACGCAUUCAGUCGUGCCUAAAAGAUUAACCCUGUUGGCUAUUCAAGUCAUUGACACUGCGGAGAGAGUU